UCUGAGCCUUCACUUUUCAAUUAUUAUGCUGUCUGCUGUUGAAUUACUUGUCAUGUCGUAAUAAUUGUGUUAUUUCUGUUAUUAUUGUGCGUCUUCGAAGUGAUCAUCGCGGGGUAUGUCGCAAGUAGCUGUUUCCCACAAAGCCCGCGAGAGUCCUGCAAUGGAGCGCAACAUCCACGAAAUGCUGAAGGACGCUCCUGCGAUGAACGACAGCAACAACGCCGUUCACUCGGGGACCACCCCUCCGUCGCCGCCGCGGGUCUACAUCCCGCACCCCACCACGCUGGCCAUCACCAACACCACAGCGCCGUCGACGGUCCCGGGCACGCCGACCAGCCCCACCCAGAACGGGGACCCCCAGGUGGUCAAGUCGCAGCAGUCCAAGAUCGAGACCAUAAAGAACUGGAGCAUCUCCACGUACAAGUGCACGAAGCAGCUCAUGUUCGAGAAGCUGGGCAAGACCUCGAGGACCGUGGACUCUGAACUGGAGGCGCAGAUAGAGCAGCUACGGGACACGCAGAGGAAGUACUCGAACGUGCUGCGUCUGUCGCGGGCCCUGGCCAGCCACUUCUACCACGUGGUUCAGACCCAGCACGCCCUGGGGGAGGCGUUCUCCGACCUGGCCCAGAAGUCCCCGGAGCUGCAGGAGGAGUUCCUGUACAACGCGGAGACCCAGCGCAACCUCACCAAGAACGGCGAGACGCUGCUGGGGGCCCUCAACUUCUUUGUGUCGUCCGUCAACACGCUGUGCAACAAGACCAUCGAGGACACGCUGCUCACCAUCCGCCAGUACGAGGCGGCCAGGAUAGAGUACGACGCCUACAGGACGGACGUGGAGCUGCUGGCGCAGGCGCCGCGCACGGAGGCCAGCGCGGCUCGCCUGGAGGAGGCACAGCUCAGCUACGACCGGCACAAGACUCACUUCGAGAAGCUGCGCUCCGACGUCUCCGUCAAGCUGAGGUUCCUGGACGAGAACAGGAUCAAGGUGAUGCACAAGCAGCUGCUGCUGUUCCACAACGCGGUGUCGGCGUACUUCUCGGGCAACCAGGCGGCGCUGGAGGCCACGCUCAAGCAGUUCAACAUCAAGGUGAAGUCCCCCAACACCGGCGCCCCCUCCUGGCUGGAGCAGUAGUGCCGCCCGCCAAGCCUCCGGUCCCUGUGGAGGAGGGGCUAUUCAAGAUGUCAGGAAAUGAUUCGUCGACACUCCAAUAGGUACAGUUAUGACUCGGUUUAAGGAUGCAUGUGAUCCUGAAGACUCAGUUUUUGCAGGGUUGGUACGAGUUUGCGAGAUGCGCAAGGGUAGGAAAGGCUGUAUCAUUUUUGUAUGGAAGGUUAGCGCUUAGUGUUAUGGAAACAAGUUAUUUUUAUGAAAUAAGAAACUGUAGCAGCCUGAUGUUGAUAUGCCAUUCCUGUUUGAUAAGCUACUUUGACUUGGAAUUUAAACUUUUUAGCAGUAUUUAUAAACAUUUUUUUAAUGUUAAAUUUAAAUUAAGUUAUAUGUUGAGUACUGUGUGUGUGUCGCUUCAUCAUUGCUUAAAGUAAUCAUUCCACUUUUCCCUCUCUCUUCCGGGGUAGUGCAAAUGGUUAGUGUACUAUAUUAACACAUAUUGUUGCAUCAAUUAAAAAAAAAAAAAUUUAACCCAGUUUAUUUUAAAAUGAAGAACAGGUUUCUUCCGCGUGAAUAAAUGUCAGUCGUGAAUAAAUGUCAGUGUUGAUCUUAAAAUGAGCUAAGGAAUGUGAAUCAGAAUAUUUUGAUCAGAUCUGAAAUUUUGAGAAUCUGAACUGGAUUUUGAAUUGAAAGAUUCCUAUAGUUUAUGAAUUUACCUAAUUUUAUAGAGGAUGAUGCCUGCAUUGUCCACAAAAAAAUUAAAUUUUUAUAAUAAUGCAGACUAUAAAAGAUAUUAAACAAAUAAUUAUAUUUUCAAACAUACAGCAGUUGUCAAGAAAAGUAGAAUCCAUGGCACACUACUUGAAUAGUGAGGUACUCUUAAAUACAAAACCAAACCUCCGUUAUGUGUUUAGUACUUUUUACUCAUGAUGACCUAUAUCAUAUGUGCUAAAAAAAGUAAGUGAUGUUUUCACAGUAACAUACACAGAACAGUUCUCAUAUUUUUUGGGAACGUGUAGCACUGAACACAUACAACUCAAAACAAAAUGGCAGCAUGGAGGAGGCUUUGUAGUUGUCAAGAGUACCUCGUUAUUCAAGUUGUGUGCAGUAGAUUGUACUUUUCACGAAGACCGCUUCGUGGCUGAAGAUUUGCGUGUUUUUGUCGCAAUUUUUUGUCUUGUACUUUUUGUAGUCUGCACGGGUGUUGAAGUAUCUCUUUCUAGCCACUUCUUGUUUUCAGUUCUUAAACAAGUUCCUGCUUUGAUAGCAGUCAAUGGUGUGUGGAUGUUGGUUUCGCUUUGGUCGAGUUGACACACUAUGCUACCGAUACAAGUGGCUUGUACUAGAAAGAGUAAAUUUAUUUGUAAAUAUGUAUUAUUAUUAAUAAUAUAUUUUCAUUAUUAUAAUGAUGGUAGCUUUCAAACCAAAGUUUUUUAAUUUGUCAUAUGACUUAUUGAAACAAAUGUAUUUUAUAUAUCUUGGAGGGUAGAGCCAAUCAAGUUGAAAAGCCCCAAAUUUAUUUUUUUAAAGUUUCAGAAAGGAAAUCAUUUGUUAAUGAAGUUAGGAUGCUAAAUUAAAAAAAAAAUUAAAUUAUGUGGUUCAUGCUUUUUGAAAUUUUUUUUUUUUUUGCUCCAUCAGCAUUACGUUUCCGAGUUUAUAUUAUGAAGUUCAGAGCAAGCCAAAUUGUAGUGAUCCAUUUUUAUGAUUAGGUUUGCCACAAUUCUGUCUCGUAAAAACCGAGACAUCAUUGUAAGGGCCUGAAUUGGGUGGAUUAUCAAAUUUUUUUCCCCUUCAUUAAUAACAUUUUUUUUAUAGUGGCACAAAAAAUGUCUAAUACACAGAUAAAUUGUUAUAAAAAAGCUUACUAUAUCUUGUAUCAAUUGUACUUGGCAGAAGAUUGUACUUAAUCAAGGUAUUUGUAAUUAUUUGUUUUGUGCUACAAUUGAGUUGUGAAAUUUAUCAUAUCUCACAUUGUAAAUGUCAUGAAUAGCUCUAACGGAGGAUGGUGUUUGUAUGAUGGCUAGAGUCUGAAUCUAAUAUAAUAUUAAAUUAUAAAAUAUAAUUAUAUGUAUAUCUAAAAGUAUUUAAUUUUUAGGGGAUCAUUACUGAACCGAUGGGACGACAUCCCUAGAUGUAACCCAUUGGCUAUAGCAGUUGUUCAGACUGGAGACAGGUGCAAUCCCUCUCUGCCUGCUGACUUAUUGUCGUUAACACUGUGGCACGUUGUGUGAUGUAAUUAGGUCUUGCACACUUCACCGCUCUUAAAGUAAAAUAUUUUAUGCCUGUGCUAAAUAUCGGUUACGGUGGGCCGCCACCGGUGAUUUUUUUGAGGUCACACAAAGUUCUGUUGUCUGCACUGUCCAUUCUGGUAGCGAGAUGUUGGCCCAAACUGGUGUUGCAAAUCUUGAAAGAAUAUUAUUAUUUGUAUCAUUAGAAGUUAGUAGUAGAAGAGUCAUGAUCAUGCCACAGUUUUUUUUUGGCAAAAUAUUUGCAGUGGCCAUUCAAUGGACUGGAAAGUUUAAUUAGUACAAAAUUCAAAUUUGUGAGGAGAACGGAGUGGCGACGAUGCAAGUUUGUAUGAUAAGUUUUUGAUUAAUAAUAAUAAGCUGUUUUUGAAACAACAGUUACUGGUUUGUUUGUAAUUUCGGUUUGUUACCUUCAAUGAAAGUGGUGAAUUCCAUCGUGUUGUGUGUGUAUUUGGAUCUUAAGCUUUAUCACUUAAAGACUUCUCCUACCAGUGGUAAGUAAACGAUACUAAUAAAGAUUAACUGUUGACAUGUUGACCCUGCCUUUAGAUGUGCGGAUGUUAACAUCGCUGUAAAGUUUGGCGAAUGAAUCUGUUUCUUACAAUUUUUUUUAGUUAGCUCUUAAUUAGAACGGUAAUCUAUAUCACUUAACGAUGUACUACCUUGCACUGAAGCAGAGUAUGGUUUGAUUCUGCGGGUUGAUUUUGAACACUAAUUUUGAGAUGUGACACAGCAGACAAUGAAAGUUGUGGAUAUUACGAUAGGAAAAGUUAAGUGAGUAUAAGCAUUUUUUUUUGUUAAGCAUAGAAUCUUUUGAGGACGACGUGAUGGUACGAGCAACUAUUUUGGACUGUAAUUAUCACAUUGUAGCUGUGUUAUAUUUUAAGAAUUGGUGCUCUGAAGCACAUACAUUAAAGGCUAACAAUGUAAUUUUUUACUAUAAUAAAUAGGAAAGUCUGAAAUAUUAGUGGCACAAUUAUUUUUGAACAGAAUUGCGUUAGAAACCAAAAUUAAUUAAAUUCUAAGAAUUAACCAACAUUACUGUGUAUGCAUGGUUAAUUUAAUGUUCACUGUGGCAAGGCACAUGGUUAACAAAUUUUCUCUCUCCAUAUUUAAUAUUUUUUUUUUUGAAAUGCUUAAACAAGAAACUAUAAUUUAAAAAUAAAGUUUUAGUUGCCAGUGAAAAUAAAUAAUUAUAUUUUACUGACAAAAUAGCCUAUUCUAAAAAUAGCUUUAUUCUGUAGCUUGCGAAUCUGACGGACUGAGACGGAACACAUUCUGUGUGUUGGUUUGUAGAUGUCAAACACAGCGUGUGUUCAUUAUCAGCCCACUGCUCAUACGUAUGUGCAAUUCUUAAUCGACAGAAAAGUAAGGGCGGGCAGUACUCGACAAGUAGAAUGUGAAAAGCGAGGUGUUUACGCAAGAUGUGGUAUAUAAGUUUGGAGUGUGCAUUUCAACGAGACCCGUCUCGCUUGUCUCAUGUGACGUAAAACUUUUGUUUACUUGAAGAAAAGCUCGUCAGUUCUAUUCCUUUUUGACCUCAUGCCCGGUGUUUGUAUUUAAGGCUAUCCCAAGUAUUCCAAAGUUUGUAAAAUUAAUUAUAAUUUUUUAAAAUUUAUUUAUAGUUGAAACCUGAUUGUAAAACUGAAUUUAAUUAAUUUAAAUUUAUUCUGGUGCGCCAAUUAAAGAUUAAAUUCUGUAGGAGAGUUUACACACUAGUUGUGUUUGAAAGAGUUGUUAAAUGCUGUAAACUGACAAUGCCGACACAUCAACACAAAUUCACACACUUCAAGUAACCAAAACCUAAAUUUUAAAAUCUGCCAAUUCCAAACACACUUAAUAGGUUUUGCAAUUAUUUUUUUUGUCACAUUUAUUACGACAGCAAACAUUUGAAUAAAAUACAAAUGAUACUUCCACAAUUUCUAGCACUUUACAGAGCAAAUGAGUUCAUGCAGAGAUAUGAGAUAAAUAAAAUAUUUUCAGCUUUCAUUAAGGCCAUUUUCUUGUAUGUUGUAAUUAAUAAUUUAUACAUGUAACACCAUAUUAUGUCGCAGCUGAAUCAUAACAAAAAUGCCCUCGCAACACAUGUUAUAUAAGUAUUUUAUAGCACAAACUCUUCAGCCAAAUAUCUUCUACUCCUCAGCAAAGUUUUAAGUGCAAACAUCAAGCAUUGGAUAUACAUAUUUAUUGAGAUAUAUAUAUAUAUAUAUAUCUCAAUAAAUAUGUUAACAUACAAGUAAAUUGGUUUACUUGCUACAUUUUAUUUAUAAUGUGAUGUGUCGUAAUCACAGUCUAAUGUGUGCACUCUAUCAUGGAAGUGAUUCUUAAUGUCGUUCUGUACUGUGUGGUGAUGGUGGUACUUACGGAGUUGAGUUUGUAUCAGAUUUUCAUUGCGACUUUGAUUUAGAGCUGCUACUGAACAACUUCAAAAACUUUUGUGGUUUUAAAUCAUGUACCUAUUUAUACUAGCUUGAAAGAGUUAGUUAAUAUUGGGAGUUUCGUUGCAUUUGUUUUGUACAGUAACCAAAUUCAUUGUUUUAUGUAGAAUAUUUUCUCAUUUUGUUCAUAGUUCUUUUUGUGAAGUGUAUUUUGUUGUAUUUUUAGUUUAUUUUAGUUGUGCUUGAUGAACUUAGUAAUUUGUUUGGGAAGAUACAGAGUUUUUCUGAAGGAGUUCUGGUUUCAAAUGUUGGUAGUGGUGUGAUCUGUAAACCACAGAUCUAAAGCUCGGUAGAUGAAUUUCUUGUGUAUAGUUGGUGUAAAUUUUGGGCACUGAAUGUGUUGACAACUGAAUUUCUAUUGUCUUAUUUUGAGGGAUUCUUAACUUGUAUGCAACCAAGGUCUCUUUUGAAAUAGUGUUAAUAAGAAUGCUCUAAUGUUUUCUCAGUAUUAUCUGCAGUAUUUUUAACCUGUGUGUUUGGAUUCAUGAAGUGAACAUGGAUGGAAAGAACAGUGGGAAACGUGUGAAUGGUGUUUAAGUGCUGCAGGUAUGCUCGGGAAGGUUAGGACCUAUCUGUAAAAGUAUGAUUGGGAUAGAGCAUAUGUUUCCUCUGUACGAUGUCUGCUUUAAACAGAUUAAUUUUUCCAACGUUAUUUCGACGGAUAGGUCACAGCAUACAAUAUCAAUGCAGUUUUCCACCGAGUGGGGUUGCCUUUGUACUAGGAGUAAAGAUUUUUAGAGGGUAUGUUUUAUAAAGUACUAUUGAAUUGCAAAUGCCUCUCAAUUCUUAGUUGUUGAACUUUUACUGAGUAAUAAUCAUAUUAUCUACCUAUGUUAUAGUCUUCAUUAAGUUCCUUUUUUAAAAUAAAAAAAAUUUAUUGUUUUUCCAUAUUUUUGUUGUAAUUUUAUUAUGAAAAUAAAAUGUUUGCAAGUAGGGUGCAUAGUAAAAAAAAAUAACCUUUACUUGAACUAAUUUAAGUAGAAUAUGAAAACUGUCAUUUUAUUAAAAUAUGUACACACUUCAUCAGAUGCUGUGUCAUUUCAUGUCUGUAUACGUUCAGUUAAAAGUGCCGUUGUCUUGCUAAAUAGGUCAGUAAGAUGAACAAAUGUGCAACUGAGUCUUGUGAAAUAAAUAAUCAAAAAACAAUUCUUAUAUUAUAUUCCAUUCUAAUGAUUAUGGCAUGUAAAUUUUGUUUCGAUGUUGUGACUGAUCGCAGUUUAUGUUGUGUGUUUUAUUACUCUGCUUGAAAGCAUUAAUGUAUUUGAUGCAAUAAUUGUACCUUUGUGUGUGAGGUUCUGGUUUAGUGACUGAGAGAGACUUUAUUAGUGGAAGAGUGGUCCAAGGACAAUGAGAGUGAUGCUAGUCAUCAGGAAUAUAAUUUUAAAUUAUUUUAACAAACCUUUAUUUUAAAAUAACUUAACAUUGAAAUGCUGCUAAUGAAUUUGUUGUGUUCAGUGAAUAGCAUUCCAUUGAAUGUACACAAGUAUGUAAGUGAUAAUAUAUAAGCCUUGUAAAUUAUUAAGCAUGGGGGAAAAACAUUGCUUCUAAGAUGCACUAUUUUAUAGUUUCUAUAUAAGAAAAAUAAAACUUAAAAUUUUUAAAAUACUUCAAUGUGAUAGUGUUGCUGCAUACCAUCUUAUGCAUGAAAACACUUAUUUUUCUUCAUAACUAAGAGCACACUUGCCUACCUAACUGCACGUCAUGAGCCACUGUGCCACUGUUAUAUAAGCUGGUGUAGAAUAUCACAUAAUAGAAAAUAUAUUUGAAAACUCUCAUUCCAUUUACACUUUGAGAAAACUGACAUGAAUAUCGUGCUAUAUUUAUCUACCCUUUUCUCGGAGCUGAAACCAUCACAAUUGAAAAGUGCAUCUUGGAAAAAAGUUAAUAAUGUACAUUUUUUUCCUGCCGUGCUGUACAUUAAGUAACAUGUUUGAAUCAUGAUUGCAUCUACAGGAAGUACCUACCACAAAAAUAUGACGAUCUCAUUUCACACCCAUAGUUACUGUAUGAUAUUCGUGAGUAAUGUGAACUAGAAGCGAGCAAGAACUUAUUUUUUGAGCUGCACAAUUGGCUGUGGAGUGGAAAAUAAUUUGUUGUAUUGCUUGUCAUAGAUAUCUAAUUUGAAAACAGAUACAGUGUUUAGUAAUAUGAAUAAAAUAUCUUUGUAAAUACUGUAGUUCAGGUAAUGCUUAUAUAACUCACAUUGAAAAUAAAAAGUAGUUGUCUAUA